AUUUCGAAUAAGUAAAAACAAUCGAAGCUGAAAGUUAGUCGCGAGCAAGUGAACGCAGACGCAGAUCAGCCGUCGGCAUUUUAGCUGAACCGUGGAAGCACCGUACAGUACAAUUUCAUUAGUGAUAGUUAGGUAGAAAACAGAAGAAAUACAACAGACAGAACAAUGGGAAAAGUGAGUGUCGCAAUAUUGACCGCAGGCCUUCUAGUCAUCCUCGCCGGAGAACAUUUCGUCGCAGGCAACGCUAUCGAAAGCAACUGUGUGCUUCCAUUGAAACCGGACUGGUCCUUCUUUUCACCGUUGAUCUUCAGCCAAGAUGGAGCACUGAUUUCAACAGAAAACGUUAGCGAUGAAACAGAGGACAUCACGCUGGCCGUCGGUGAUGAAGUGCUGCUGUCCUGCACUCCCAACUAUUUCCGUGAGUUUUCCUCAGAGAAAGUUUUGAAGGCAAAAUGCAAGAAAGACAAGACGCUGGUCGUCAAUGGUCUAGACAAGAACUUUGUUUCCGAACUCUCCUGCGAGGUACGUUCGAUUGAGGAAAUCAUCGUUCCCGUUCGAGGUUGCCCAACGAGCGCUCGCUCUAUCGAGUAUGGAUAUACAAACCCUGUUAAUGGUAAAUCGUAUAUUCUCGGUGAAGCAUGUUACGAUGUGAAACGAGGCCAGACGCUUUUCGUGCACACCAAAAUUAAGUCUCGAAGCAAUACAGUAGAUGCACUCGCCCUGAAAACGGAAAACAACGCGAAUUACUUCCGCCAAGAGCACCCCACGUCAAGAUAUAAGGUUGAACUGAAUAAGGCACUGAACAUCAACGAUCAAGCCGAACGAUUCAAAGGAGUAUUUGGUAUUAAAAAUGUUCCCAAAAUUGAGGCACGUCGCUAUGUAAAUGAAGAGCUGCUUACCCAUAAACAAUACCAGGCUGUGCUUAAGUUGGCAUGGAACUACCAAAUCGUCAAAGAUCUGGAUGCACUAGAUAAUUUCGACAAUUUGGUCGAAGACAUCACUGACCUAGACUCCAAAGAGAUUGAAAUAUACACCGGUGCUCAUGGCGUUCUUCAGCUCAAAGACAAACACGAUAAUAAUGUAGAUGUGUUCCUAAAAGAAAAUCGCUUCCCGGUGCCUAAAUUCCACUGGACCGUAGUGCGUUCCGAGAGCAAAGCGAUAGCGUUCGCCGUAUUCAACAAAGCGCAGCUCUCAGAAAAAGAGCGGGAAAAGGACACCUUCUGUCACAGUAUUUGUGAUCAGCUGUCGUGGAUCAACUCGCUUAAGGAGAAUGAUUCCUACAGCAAUCCAGCGCUCGGAUACGUCCUGUGCUGCGAGCUGAAUGAUUUCCGCAAAACGAUAAAGGAAAUGCCACCGAUAACGGGAGUGAAGGAUGUUUUGAAGUAGGAUCAUCUGCCGAUCAGGCUGUUCCUAGCAAAACGCAAUUAGAGAAAAAAAGUCAAGAAAAGCGCUGGCAUGUGAUUUAAAUUUUUAGUUUUACUGUUAAAUUAUAAACAACCCCGGACGUGUAGAAUGCUCUCUUAAGGUAGGCAUGUGAAUAAAAGUACAACCGU